CAGGCUCACAUGGUUGCGUCCGCGUCUAGGCAUCUCCCCUCGUCGUGUCCGCAACAUAGACCGUGAACCAUGGACCCCGUCCCACCAACACCGCCGCCCGCCGUAGCCCCUACAAGUCCCCAUGCGAGUCCGGGGGCGCACGGUGCGAAUAAGCUGCCACCAUCAGUUCCAUCGUCGCCCCCUCCCUCUGGAGCUGCGGGUUCCAGUUGCGAUGACCGCGCCGUUCGCCGGAUGUCGAGAAAACUCCAAAAGAAGCGCCGCGACGGUGAACACACGCCCACGAUGGAGCUGCCCGAACGCCUCCGAGACCACGGCGACCAGGUCGACGGUGAAGAGGAGGUCUUGCGCCCGCAGGGAUACGGCGGCGGGUUAUUCAUGAACAUGAAUCAGAGCAUCUUCGGCCUGAUCGCGGCAGCAGGCAGCCAAGCGGACUAUGCCGACCGGUUCGAGGGCCACAGUUCGGAAGACGAGGAUGAGGGGGAACGCCGGAUGGCGGAGACCAUUGCCGGCCCUACGGCGUUGCAACCGGAGAGUUCGUCAGCACGUGGUUUGGCCCAAACGACGGUUUUGCCAAGGCAUGAUGCACAUGAUGCAGCCGACGUCAAAGCGCACGGCCGCCACUUAAGGAAGCUCUCCGAGAGUCGACUGCUACGGUCAGUUCCGGGACUUGCGCGGUUCGCUGGCAAAAUCCGGCCAUCCAAAUCCUUCAAGCCCAAGUCGGACGAUGGCGCGCAAGGAGCUGAGGCCACGCAGUCCGCUCCCCAGCCGACCCCCGACCUCAUGCCCAGCAUCCAGAUCACGCGGACCGAUAGCAUGAUGACGGCACCAGCGCGCACCCCGCAGGCUUAUGAUCUGGAUGGUUCGAACGAGUCACCGCAGGACGCUGAGACUAGCAAAACCGGGCCGUCCGAGCUUGCCAAGAAGCUGAAGGAAAUCUUCGGGUUCGACAAAGAAGAGGAAGUGGUGGAGGAAUAUCCCUGCUGGCUUCUUCAGCAUGUUCUGCUCGAGGGACACAUGUACAUCACAGCACGGCAUAUCGCGUUCUAUGCGUACCUGCCGAAGAAGGCUAAUGAGGUCUCCAAGAAGGGUUACCUGUCCAAGUGUGGCAAGAGGAACCCGAAGUACAGCCGCUACUGGUUCAGCCUCAAGGGUGACGUCCUGUCAUACUACCUGGACACCAAGAACGUCUACUUCCCCUAUGGGCAGAUCGACCUGAGACACGGCAUCUCUGCCGUCAUCACCGACGGGGACAAGGAAGGAACUCACUUCACUGUUAGCACCGACCACAGGACGUACUAUUUCAGGGCCGACACCGCGCAGAGCGCCAAGGAAUGGGUUAAGAGCCUGCAGCGGGCCAUCUUCAGGUCGCACAACGAUGGCGACAGCGUCAAGAUCUCACUCCCGAUCGAGAACGUUUUGGACGUCGAGGAGACGCACAUGCUGAACUUUGCGGAUACAUGCAAAAUCCGCGUCAUCGAUAAUGACGAGACUUACGCUAUCGACGAGUACUUCUUCUCCUUCUUCAGCUACGCAAGGGAGGCCAUCAACAUCCUGAAAAUCCUCGUGGAGGAUUCGUCGUCCCAUGCGCACGGCCUGAGCGACCAGGUCGAACCGAGCUCCGAACGGACCAGUACGAGUGGCAGGCGAGAACAAGCCUCCAACCUACCUCAUCUUCGCACAGGCAAAAUCAGCGAAGGUGUCAGGGCGACCCUCUCGCCGCUGUCGCCUGUCCGCGGAUCUUCACCCAGUCCGCGGCAGAGCUCUGAUCGCCCUCGCAGCAGCUUCGACAGGUUCCGCGCGUUUACGAGGGGCAGCAUGGAUACCAACGCAAACAUCCAUCCAGGGUCGCCACGGCGCCGGAGCUUCAGCCACGGUCGACGCUCCCUCAGCAGGAAACGACACGAAGGCCACGAGAGGCAGGAGAGUAGUGACUCCUACGUUCAAAGCUUGGAUCCGAGCCAGGCCAGCUUGUCCGCGAUGGUCGCUUCGGCAAGCAGUGAGGACGCCUCGGCGAGCCAGAUUUUGAGGGGCAGUGAGGUCUUCCACGGUCCCACCCUCCAACAUGCUGGACCCUCAACUAGAGCUGGACAUCAUGCAUCAGAUUCCAAGCCGCCGACUCGUCCAGCCACGGCGCCGCGUCAGAGCACAGACGCAGGGGAAACGGAUGGAAGGGCGACCACCCCAACUCUUCAGAGUAUCGCCACGAUGGGCGGCUACCCACUCCGCAAAGCGAACGCGCUCAUGGGAUACCUGGACCGCCAGUCCAGGCGCAUGAGCAACUUGCUUGCCACGGAAUCUAUGGGCUACGUCGAGAAGGUGUCCGGAAUGUGGAAGGGCGGGGCGAAACACUAUGAUGAACCACCCGAGUUACGGACGGAUGAGGAGGAUGGCGCGCUCGGUCCGGAGGAGAAAGCACACUCCGAAGCCCGCUUUCGAGCCCACUUCACGCUGCCGGAGAGCGAAAAGCUUCAGGCAGCAUUCUACGCGCACAUGAUGCGGGUGAUUCCGCUCUACGGGAAGAUCUACAUCAGCGACUGGCACUUCUGCUUCCGCAGCCUGUGGCCCGGCACCCGCACGAAACUCAUCCUGCCGUUACGCGACAUUGAGAAUGUUGACAAGGAAAAGGGGUUCCGGUUUGGAUAUGCUGGUCUCGUGGUCGUGAUCCGCGGCCACGAAGAGCUGUUCUUUGAGUUCGGGAAAGCCGAAGUGCGCGACGACUGCACCAUCACCAUCCUCCAGGGCCUGGAGGCGACUCGCUAUCUGCGCGGCUCCAGCCUCAUGGACGGAGGAGAGAGCGAGGAUGCUCAAGCUGCUGUGGCCGAGCACAACGCGCUGGAAAAGGCGCGAAGCCAAGGCUUCGCCGACCACGAGGUGCAACUCCCGCGCGAGACGUCCAGCGUCUCCGAGGCCCCGACCAUCAUCUUCGACGACCCGAAAGCCUCCUUCCUCAACUUCAAACCCAGCCAACCGAUGAAGAUCACAUGCCUCACCAUCGGCUCGCGCGGCGACGUCCAGCCCUACAUCGCGCUGUGCAAGAAGCUGCUCGAAGAAGGCCACCACCCCCGCAUCGCCACGCACGGCGAGUUUAAGCCGUGGAUCGAAUCCCACGGCAUCGAGUUCGCCUACGUCGGCGGCGACCCGGGCCAGCUCAUGCAACUCUGCAUCCAAAACGGCACCUUCACCUGGGCCUUCCUCAAGGAAGCCAACGCCAAGAUGCGCGGCUUCCUCGAUGACCUGCUGGCCACCUCGUGGCAGGCGUGCCAGGGCAGCGACCUCAUCAUCGAGUCGCCCUCGGCCAUGGCGGGCAUUCACAUCGCCGAAGCGCUGGGCAUCCCCUACUUCCGCGCCUUCACCAUGCCGUGGACGCGCACGCGCGCGUACCCGCACGCAUUCAUCAUGCCGGGCCAGAAAAUGGGCGGCGGGUACAACUACUUCACCUACGUCAUGUUCGACAACCUCUUCUGGAAGGCGACGGCUGGCCAGAUCAACCGCUGGCGCAACCGCAUGCUCGGCCUGCCGGCGACCACCUGGGAGAAGCUGCAGGUCAACAAGGUGCCCUUCCUGUACAACUUCUCGCCUUACGUCGUGCCGCCGCCGCUGGACUAUUCCGACUGGAUCCGCGUGACGGGCUACUGGUUCCUGGACGAGGGCGGCGAGAAGUGGACGCCGCCGCCCGCGCUGAUGCGGUUCAUCGAGCAGGCCCGCGCCGACGGGAAGCCGCUCGUCUACGUCGGGUUCGGCUCGAUUAUUGUCGCCGACCCCGCUCGCAUGACGCAGGAGGUCAUCGACGCCGUGCUGAAGGCCGACGUUCGGUGCAUCCUCAGCAAGGGUUGGAGCGACCGCGCCACGAACGAGAAGGGCGACACGGUCAAGGCUGGCGCCGCCGACGACAGCAGCAGCAAGAGCAGCAGCAAGAAGGCCGAGCCCGAGCUGCCGCCCGAGAUCUUUCUCAUCCACUCGGCGCCGCACGACUGGCUGUUCAGGCAGAUCGACGCGGCCGCGCACCACGGCGGCAGCGGCACCACGGGCGCCAGCCUGCGGGCCGGCAUCCCCACCAUCAUCCGGCCUUUCUUUGGCGACCAAUUCUUCUUCGGCAGCCGCGUCGAGGACCUCGGCGUAGGCAUCUGCCUCAAGAAGUGGGGCGCCAACUCGUUUGCGCGCGCCCUAUGGGAGGCGACGCACAGCGAGCGCAUGAUCGUCAAGGCGCGCGUGCUGGGCGAGCAGAUUCGCAAGGUAAGCCGUUAUCUUCUCUCCCUUGUAGAACACCUCUUCUUUCCCCCUUUUUUCCUCCACAACCACCCCUAUCCGCGACAUCUAUCCCGAACCUCUCAAACCCGCUGACCGCC